UGCCAGCUGGGCUCUGAAGACCAGCUUCUCCUGCUGUUUCCUGAGCCUUGUCCUUCUUGGGCCCCACUGCCCAAUGGCGGCAAUCACAGACUUAGGUUUUAUGUACCGCUGGUUUAAGAACUGCAAUCUGGUUCACAACCUUUCGGAGAAAUAUGUCUUCAUCACUGGCUGUGACUCUGGCUUUGGGAAUAUGCUGGCCAGACAACUGGUUGAACGGGGUUUGAGGGUGCUGGCUGCUUGCCUUACUGAGGAAGGUGCUCAGAAACUUCAGCAAGAUACCUCCUACCAGCUGCAGACCACCCUACUGGAUAUCACCAAGACUGAGAGUGUCAAGGCUGCGGCCCAGUGGGUGAGGGACCAAGUGGGCGAGCAAGGCCUCUGGGCCCUGGUAAACAAUGCUGGUGUGGGUCUUCCCAGUGGUCCCAAUGAAUGGCUGACAAAGGAGGAUUUUGUAAAGGUGAUCAACGUGAACCUGGUGGGAACAAUCGACGUAACCCUCCACAUGCUGCCUAUGGUCAAGAAAGCCCGAGGCAGGGUGGUCAAUAUGUCUAGCUCUGGUGGUCGUGUGGCUCUCAUUGGUGGUGGCUACUGUGUCUCCAAGUUUGGCAUUGAGGCCUUCUCUGACAGUAUCAGGCGUGAGAUGCACUACUUUGGGGUGAAAGUCAGCAUCAUUGAGCCGGGGAACUACAAGACAUCCAUUCUGGGCAAGGAGGGCAUCAAUAAGAAACUGAGGAAGAUGUGGGAGAGACUGCCUCAGGAGACACGAGACAGCUAUGGAGAGGAGUACUUCCGCAUCUAUACUUACAAGCUGAGCAACAUGUUGGAACUGGCAGAGCCGAGAAUCACCGAUGUCAUCAAUAGUAUGGAGCACGCCAUUGUUUCCCGGACUCCUCGUAUCCGCUACAACCCUGGCCUGGAUGCCAAACUCCUCUACAUUCCCUUGGCAAAGUUGCCCACCCCUGUGACAGAUUUCAUCCUGAGCCGGUACCUUCCAAAGCCAGCAGACAGUGUCUGAGCCGGGAAGCUUCCAGGGGUGGAUGGUGGAAUGCACAGGAAGCGGGGAAGGAAGGACUGUGGUGGUAUCAGACGUCCUGGGGUACUGGCUGCAAACGACACUGAGCUCAGCUGGCAUCGUUGUGACGGAUGCCUCCUCUCCCUUGCUGGGUACCCCACAACCCUGACAUAGCCUUUGCGGAUUUGAAGACCUGCAACAUUGCCCCAAAGACAGGCAGGAUACAAAUUUUUCUUGGCCUGGAAAAGUCAAGGGGGAGGGCAGGGAAUCUGAGUCUCAAGCUGUUACCACCUCUGGGAAAUACUCUGUGAUAAUCUGGCUGGCAGAAGAAUCUCAGUUUCCUCCCCAUGGGUCUUCAGAUACUCAUAGCUCAGCCAUACAACCAUUACUGAAGGACACAGUACAGCAGCCAGGAGCUCAAGAGCAUCUUCAACAAUAGUUUAAAAUAGUUUUUCACUCUAUAUUUCUCUCUAUAUAGGUGAUUUGAAUCCAUGUGAAAUGACAUUCAUUUAUUUAACCACUAUUGCUUAACUAUCCUAAUAUUUAUUGAAUGCCUACUACCUACAAAGCACUACGAAGGGGGCGAAGAUCAUCACUAUGAAGAUGAUGAAACCAUUGCCUUGAUUUUUUUUUUUGGUACCGGGGAUCGAACUCGGGUCCUUGCGCUUGCGCAGCAGGCGGCAAAACCACUGAGCUAAAUCCCCGGCCCUCAUUGCCUUGAAUUUUUACUGUUUAUUUUGUGUUUUUAUCAUAGCACAAUAUCUGUCAGCACAGAUAGGGCAGUGACAGAAGGAUCAGAAACCAGAAAAUAAAGUGAGAGGCACACUGGGGGAUCAUCAUGCAGUAGUGCACAAACACAUCAGAGU